AACCAGCACCCCAUGACCCGAAAUAUUCUUCGAAAAGAAUUGAAAUAUCUGUUCUCUUUUCGUUAUUCUGAAGCUGUUGUUCGAAGACCGAAGAAUAUUGUAUUAUUACUAUUUUGUGACUAAAUUCAAAUCAACCGGCUCGUCAAUAUCCAAAAAAGCGAGCCGAUGCCACGUGUCGCCAAAAAGAUUCURCCUAAGUACAGAAAAUCUAACGAACGAACGCACUCGAUACGUCGGUUGAUUUUAUAUCAAUUAUUAUUUAGAUAAAAUACUMGACGACGUUGAAAUCCGGAUUUCAUCUCGAAAAGAAUUGUUCUAAUUCAUAAAAUUUGAACCAAGGAACACCACUACCUUGCACAAACUUCGAAGAAAGCAUAACAUUGCUUAAKUUACUAUUUCUUUCACCAUGGAUCCCUUCGAAAACGGCAGCUUUUCUGCCCCUAAAACUAAGUUUCAAAGAAGCGUGCGUGGAUUGGUGGUACCUAUGCAGAAGUAUGACCAAAACCACUCUGGAGGCAGCGGAUUGCUAGCCCUUGCUUGGAUCGUAUCGAGUAUUGUAACUGUUUUGGUUCCAUUGAUCUAUCGUACAAUUCACAAGAACAAAUAUCGACAAGAAUACAUGAAUUACUUUUGGGAAGAAGAAUACCAAACUUACGCAGAGCAGCGCAAGCAGAACUACGAGCAAUACGGCAACAGCUACAAAUAUGGUGGAGCAUACAUGGCUGACAACUACGCCCAAAACGAAUACGUCGACGUCAACCGAUGCAGCUGGUGGAAACUGAACUGCUUUUCCUUCUUUGUCAACCGAGAUGGAGAGCCCAUGGCAGACCAGGAAUGGAUGCCCGCUUGGUACAGUGGCUUUUCCUUGACCGAAGAGCAACGUCGUGAUUUGGAAGACAAUCUUGAGCAACCCGGAUCACUCAAGUUCGUUUACGUUUGGCAAAUCGUCCUUUUCCUUGCACUCGGAUACUAUGGUCUACUAGUCAUUUCUCAAAAGCGCAACCCCACCGGUUUGAUCGUCAGCCUAUUGGUUUGGUCAAACUUUGCUUUUCUCACCAUGUGGAUGAUGGCCGACGGAUCUAUUGUCACCGAAGGACAACAAGUCAAGAGAACUGGAUUUUAUGGUCAAAUGUCUGUCUUGAUCUUCCUUACCAACUUUUGGUAUCUUCUCCAUGGUCUUAUCUUCGUUCUUGUCUUUUGGAUCCGAAAGUCCAUUGCAGCGGACGAAGAAGUCAAGGGAAGCGAAGGAACCGUUCAAGAAUUGGGUGACAAAGGAUACUCUGCACCUGCAACCACUGAGYAAAAAUGAAAGACUCUACAUCUAUCUUGGAAGUGGCGAGAGCAUACGUAUGACGAGGAAUAUUAUCUGAUUCGAUUCAUCUGAUUCCACACCUAUCCCUAUACAACGAAUAAAAUUGUGUGAAAAGUAAUAAGAAAUUUAAAUGUAC